UAUGGCUUACCCUUACGGACAGGGACCACCAGGAGGGUAUGGGGCUCCCCCAGGGCCAGGAUAUGGGGCUCCUCAAGGACCAGGAUAUGGAGGUCAGCCCCCACCCCCUGCAGGAUAUGGAGCUGGAGGUUUUGCUGGCCAGCCUCAGAUUGACCCCCAGGUCCAGCAGUGGUUUAUGACUGUAGACACUGACCGCAGUGGACGAAUCACUGCACAUGAGUUACAACAGGCUCUGGUGAAUGGCAACUGGUCACACUUCAACCCGGAAACUUGUCGAUUAAUGAUAGGUUUGUUUGACAAAGACAUGAGUGGCACCAUAGAGCUUCAUGAAUUCCAGGCCUUAUGGAAUUAUAUACAGCAAUGGAAAGGAGUUUUUGAACAAUUUGAUCAAAACAGAUCUGGAGCAAUAGACUAUAAUGAGUUAUGUAAUGCCUACAGACAAAUGGGAUACAACCUAAGCCCCCAGUUUGCUCAAACAGUCAUUGCCAAGUUUGACAUCAUGGGUCGCCGGAGCCUGACGCUUGAUAAUUUUAUUCAGUCCUGUGUAAUGUUGAAGUCGCUGACUGAUGCUUUCAGAUCCCGAGAUCCCUCGGGAGUGGGCACAGUCAGGAUGGGAUAUGAGGACUUUAUGACCUUAGCUGUUUUCAACAAAGUAUAGGUUAAAGAUAAGGUGUAGGUAUUUAUUCUUAUUAUUUUUAACCAAAUAUUCAUUUGUUGUAAUCUUCAUGUUAGUUUCUUAAAAAAAUUUUGUUUAUCCCAAUUUUUGUUGAAGUUUCCCACAUACAUAAUUCAUUUAUUUAUGACCUUCUAGUCGUGCCCUUCCUUGUUAAGUCUCUAAUCUUUUGUUUUGGACACACUGUUUUGUAAAUAGUGGUUGACACUGUGUGUUAUGAAGAUUGUAAUUAAAAUUAGAUUUCCUUGUGCUUUCAUUAUGAUCAUGUACAGAAAAUAUGCACAGGGAAAACCAUCUACUAAUGUGUCCCUUUUUACUUCCAGUCAAAGGUAUAAUGAUGAUAAUGGUGUCAGAGAUAAGGUUGUUACAAUACUGUUUUACACAUUGGAUAUUCCAUUAAAUAAAGCUCUAGAUACAAAAUAAAAACUUCCUUCCCUAUAGAGCUAUCUGAAAUUUAGAUUAUGUAAUGUGUUAGAGUUUCACUCUAUAAAGAUAGGUGAUUACCAGUCAUUUACUAGCAAUUUAAAUUAAAGCAUUUUGUAAGUUUGAUUGUAAACUGCUAUUACUUCUAUUUUUAUUCACAAAUAUAAAAAAAAAAUGUAUUGUACAUUUGUGUUUGACUGUUUUUCCAUGUUGUAUGUAAAUAAAUUUAAAAACCUACUAUGAUGGGCUUAGUGAUGUACAUGUUAUUAAUUCUAUCUUCUUGUAACCUACCUGUAGCUGGAUACUAGAUGCUUAUUGUAGCACUAUGUAACUGUGUAUUCUAUUUUCUGCAAACAUUGCGCUGGCUACUCUUAUAAACAUGUAUGAAUUUUUCAAUUAAAUCUGUAUAUGUCA